AAUUACUGAGAUAGCGACUUUGUUUUUAUAAAUAUAGGUAACUACAUUUCAUAACAAAGAAAAGUACCUAUCUAGCGAUAAGUAUAUAACCGUGACGUGAUCAUAAAGUCAUUGAUUAAAAAUAUUAAUGACAUUUUUAUGGAGGUAUGUAGCAACUUACACGAUCGUCAGGCUUCUCGAAUCAAGUUGUGGCAGAAUGAUUCUAACAUUGUUGCAAAUGCUUUGGAACCAAACAAAGAAAAUAAUGAUGAAGAAAUUAAAAGAGUUAUAAUGAAAUAUAUCAAUAAGGUACCAGACGUGGAAGCGAACUACGUCGUCAAUGAGAGACUGUCCAAAAUAAUCUCGCAGUAUUUUCAAGGAAAAAUAAACACAUUCCCACUGUACAGGAUAAGCUUAAAAAUUGACAGGAACCCGAUAAAAAUACCAUGGAUUUUGGGACAACCGACAAAUGUAAACGGAACUACACAGGGUAAAAGAUACACUUACGUGAAACGACAAAAGAAUAAAAUGUAUAAAUAAUAACCAAUAUUUUAGUUUUACUAUUUUUUUUAUUUUUUAUUUCUUUUUUUUAUAUAUUUUAUUACUGUAUGCAGCCAUUAGUAUAGACACCGGUAAAUAACUUGGAAACUAUUUUCAUACCAUAUGAUUAAUAAAUAUAGAAAAUACAAUUGUACUCACAAAAUCGUGUAUUGCACAAUUUUUUGUUUACCGCAAACUAUUUUACAUUAGCAUUGCAUUUAAAACUAGGAUAUCUACGGCAAACCGCUGAUAUUGAUUGAUUGAUUAACUAAGUAAUUAUGGAUUUAUUAAUACUACUAUACACGACUUACUUUUUUUAAUUCAAGCUUUUUUUUUAUCAGUGAAAGUAUUACCAUAUUAACAUAUCACUACCUAUGAUAUUCAUGAAUUAUACGUUUAAGAGCAACGAAUAGUUAAAUAUUUCGUACGGCAAACUGAGCUUUCCAGAAGACAAAUACAAUGCUUGCAUUUUAAAAACAGUGCUUACAUUUUAAUUACAAAUAAUUGAUGGUCUAUUGUAAAUAAAAAUUAAGUUACCAACAAUUUUAAAUAACAGCAAUAAGAUUAUUUUAUUACCUAUAAACGCCCAAACUUGUUGCAACUUUCAUAAACAUAUCAUUCACAGCAUUGCUCACAUUAUCGAUGGCUAGUCAUAAUGGAUGUAUUAAAUAUAACAACAAGACUAGUGGCAUCACUAAAAUACCACACACCUCAAUGUUAACAAUGAACUAAUAUAAUUAUUUCUCGCGACACAUUUCUGAAAU